CAAAAACUGCUAGAAAACUUCAACAUUGCUUUGUUCUGUGCUCUACUGAUUAUCAAGUAUCAACCAUCAUAGACAGUCUGUCACACCCUAAAUUUUCCUCUCCACCGAAAGCCACAUUAUUUUGUAGCGAAGGAAUAGAAUCAACUCAAUAAAGUUACCAAAUUCAAAAGAAUCAAUCUUCCUACAAAGCUGGCUUCAACUUUACCUAUUCUUCCCCCAAAGACAAAGAUAAACAGUUUCCUUCCCAACAAAAAAAGCUGCAGCAGCUAUGGGUUGUUUCAGUUCCAAAUCCAAAUCCAAGUAUGAUCAACCUGCUGCUCAGCCUCUGCAAUACCAAGAACCCCCCAGCAAGAACAUACAGCAACAAAUCCUCCUACAAAUCCCAGGAUGCAGAGUUCACCUCAUGGAAGAAGGAGAAGCCCUAGAGCUCGCCGCCGGCGAGUUCAUUCUCGAGAACAUCUUUGACGAGAAUAUCUCUCUGGCCACCAUUAUCGAAGUCGGUGAAGAGCUCCAGUGGCCCUUGACGAAAGACGAGCCAGUGGUGAAGAUAGAUGAUUUGCACUACCUCUUCUCUCUGCCUAUGAGAGAUGGUGAUCCUCUGAGCUACGGGGUCUCUUUUCCGGAGCAGUAUAUGAGUCACUUGGGAUUUCUGGAUUCGUUUUUGAAGGAGCACUCGUGCUUUACGAUCACUUCGAACAGUAGUGCUACGAAGAAUGUUAAGGGUGUUGAUUGGAAGGAGUAUGCACCGAGGAUUGAGGACUAUAACAAUGUCUUGGCUAAGGCAAUUGCAGGAGGAACUGGUCAGAUUGUUAGGGGAAUAUUCAUGUGUAGCAAUGCUUAUGCCAAUCAGCUUCAAAAAGGAGGCGAGACUACAUUGGCUCGUCCAGCUGAGGAGAAACAGUUUGUGAAACAAGAAAGUUCUAGCAAAAAUUCGAGUGCCACCAAGAAGAGUGGAAUGAACAAGAGUUUGAAACGUGCGAGAAGGUUGUCAAAGAUGACAUCAAAGUUGAGCAAGUCUAUGCUUGAUGGGGUUGGUCUCGUGACCGGAUCAGUGAUGACACCUGUGGUUAAAUCCCAAGCAGGGAAGUCAUUUCUAAAAAUGGUUCCAGGACAAGUCCUCUUGGCUUCACUUGAUGCUAUCAACAAGAUUUUAGAUGCUGCUGAAGUUGCCGAAAAACAAGCCCUUUCGGCUACCUCUGCUGCAACAACCAGAAUAGUCAGCAACAGGUAUGGGGAAGAUGCAGGGGAAACGACUGAGCAUGCAUUUGCAACGGUGGGUCAUUGUGCUAACACUGCUUGGAACAUCUUCAAAAUACGAAAGGCCAUCAAUCCUGCAUCAUCUGUCAAAACAGGAGUACUCAAGAGUGCAAAAGAUAGAAACAAAAGUUCUUAAAAGACCAACAGAUCGAAAUUAGUAUCAGUUGAUGGAAAUUGCUAAGACUGCCUGAAUAUUCAUCUCUUGAAUUGAUGAUCUUUAGUCUUCUAAAGCACCAUGUAGAAGCGAAGAUAGAUUAAUUUAAACUUUAGCUACUUGUAUUGUGUGUGAGGGUGUGGAUUUCAAGUUUGAAUGUUGGGUUGUUAUAUUAUAUCUGAAUCAGAUUAGCCAAUGGUGUAUCCAUUAGCAUUC